AUGCUUGGUGGAAGAGGGUUUCGCUGGAUGUUAAAUUCUGAGUUCCAUAUUAAGGCAUUGAUUCACUAUGAGGCGUUAAGAUUUUACACAGGUUUUAGCAUAGUAGCCAAAAAAGCCUCCCGGUCCGUGGCCGCACUCGCAAGACUGAUGCCCAACGUGAGGGGUACGAGCCAAUGGAAUAGAAGGCUCCUGGCGUCGGUGACCGAAAGUCAACUACUUUACGCCGCCCCGGUGUGGAGCAGAAUCGUGGCUGUCUCGGCCAGGAUAAGGGCUAACCUGAUACGACCCCAAAAGUCAGCGGCCCUCAGGGUGAUUAGGGCGUAUUGGACCGUUUUCGACAAGGCCGCUUUGCUGUUGGCAUUCAUGCCACCCACCGACCUCAUUGGUCUCGAGAGGCUACGAAUCCGAGAGCGCCUCAAUGCUCCCGCCAUCGAUGGAGCCAUUGCAUCAUCGAAAGCAGCGAUCAAGAAGGAAGAAAGAAGGAGGACACGGACCUCUGGCAAUCUAAAUGGGCCGCAACCCCAAAUGAGGAUGGACCAAGAAGUUGAUCUCAGACGUAAAAAGGUGGAUUGGAAGAAUUAUGCCCCAGGUGCCUCUGUCCUUUCACAUGACCCAAGCGCUGACUGGACAUGGUUGUUUCCAACAUUACCUGCACCCGAUGAGCAGGGCCAACUCCGCUAG